AUGACAUCGUAUUCGAUUCUUCUUUGGACCCGGGAAGUGGAAACAUUGCAGGUUUAUGAUCAUAUGAGACUGCCUUCUUGCAAUUACGUUGUGCGGCGAUGGCUUGGUAAACUGUCCACUACCUCGUUGGAUGAUGUUCUGCCAGCGAAGAUGAUACAAGAAUUUGUUCAAUCAUUGCCGAUCUCACAUACGCUUAGGCCAUGCUCGGGAAACGGAAUUGACGUCGAAGUACUUAUGAUAUUUCAAAGUUCGCGAUAUUGGCUAAAUGUUCGCGGAGUGCCGCUGCACGCUGACAUUGUCAUGCCAUUCAAGGUUUACUCAACUGGUGCAAUGGGAAUUUUGGAUAUCAGUUUUAUACUGUGCAACAUCUAUAAAAGCUUCAUCGCUGACGGGGAACCGAAGUUCGAAAUCUGUGCACUAUCAUUCAAGGACCAACUUGACUACUGUGUGGGGUUUGCUGCCUUUGCCGGAGUCUCUACUGCAUGGAUUGAACGGGCCAGGACCACACCGACGUUCGAUGUUAUACCGGGUUUAACCGAGACUUUUAUAAUGACAUGGCCUCUAUGUCGUGACGACCUUGCUUCAACGCAAUGUGUAGAACUCACCUUGAAGGAAUCUAGGCAAGGACAAGAUGAAAGGCACGAGACGCUUGAAAAAACGACGCCUGAAUUCUAUUCGACGAAUCCCGAUUGA